GUCCUCUGCAGAAGAACCCACGUAACAGACGCCGUGAGUUUCUCGUUCUGAUUGUCUUCAACCAUGUGUGACGAAGAAGAAUCCGCUUUAGUUGUCGACAAUGGGUCGGGCAUGUGCAAGGCCGGCUUCGCAGGGGACGACGCCCCUCGAGCUGUCUUCCCUUCCAUCGUGGGUAGGCCUCGUCACCAGGGCGUAAUGGUCGGUAUGGGUCAGAAGGACGCCUACGUCGGCGAUGAGGCACAGAGCAAGAGAGGUAUCCUCACCCUCAAGUACCCAAUCGAGCAUGGCAUCAUCACCAACUGGGACGAUAUGGAGAAGAUCUGGCAUCACACCUUCUACAAUGAGCUCCGUGUUGCCCCUGAGGAGUCGCCCAUUCUCCUGACGGAGGCACCCUUGAAUCCUAAGGCCAACCGCGAAAAGAUGACCCAGAUCAUGUUCGAGACUUUCUGCACACCGGCGACCUACGUAGCCAUCCAGGCGGUCUUGUCUCUGUACGCCUCAGGUCGCACCACUGGAAUUGUGCUCGACUCGGGGGACGGCGUGUCCCACACAGUCCCCAUCUACGAAGGAUACGCCCUUCCACACGCCGUGCUGCGACUCGAUCUAGCGGGCCGAGAUUUAACCGAUUACCUCAUGAAGAUCUUAACCGAAAGGGGGUAUUCUUUCACCACCACGGCCGAGAGAGAAAUCGUUCGAGAUGUCAAGGAGAAGCUUUGCUACGUCGCUCUUGAUUUCGAGAGCGAGAUGCAGGUCGCGUCUGCCUCUUCGUCCCUAGACAAGUCGUACGAGCUUCCAGACGGCCAGGUCAUCACAAUUGGCAACGAACGCUUCCGCUCGCCAGAGGCGCUCUUCCAGCCGUCUUUCCUCGGUAUGGAAUCUUGUGGAAUCCACGAAACUGUCUACAACUCCAUAAUGAAAUGCGACGUCGACAUUCGAAAAGAUCUGUAUGCCAACAAUGUGCUCUCUGGUGGUACCACAAUGUACCCCGGUAUUGCUGACAGGAUGCAGAAGGAGAUCACCAACCUGGCUCCUUCCACAAUCAAGAUCAAGAUCAUCGCUCCUCCUGAGAGGAAGUACUCCGUCUGGAUCGGCGGCUCCAUCUUGGCCUCUCUUUCCACCUUCCAGUCCAUGUGGGUUUCGAAAGAAGAAUAUGAUGAAUCUGGACCUGGUAUUAUUCACAGAAAAUGUUUUUGAAAGACGGAAUUAAUAUCUCUUAAGGGACCUCAAUGAAAGUUGUAUUUUAGAUGUUUUGUACUUUUUAUAAUUAUGCUAAUAAAAAUGCUGAACUGAUUAA